AUGGAGCAGCAGCAGCAGCUUCAACAUUUUUCCCAUCCGGCGCAUCCCUUGGUCUUCAAUCAAGAUGACAGAAGCGGUGAUACUUGUCGGGGGUGCCGAGAAAGAGUUUAUGGUCCUAGCUACAGUUGUGAAGAAUGCGGGCAUUGGGAGACCGUGCAUCAUAAAUCAUGUGCGGAACUACCCCUUGGGUUGCACCAUCCCUUGCACCCAAUCCAUCCUCUUAUUCUCUUUUCUCCACGGAGAUGGGCAGAUUUCGGCGGCGACGAACAAUUUUACAAAUGCGAACUCUGCAAAGAUUAUAAAGAUGUAUACACUUAUCGGUGUUCCCGUUGUGACUUCAACCUUGCGCUUCUUUAG